UUUUAGCGGAAAGGACACUCGCAAAGGCUUCACUAGUUAUCUAUAUACUCGCCUUUCCAAUGCAGGAAUUCGAGUGUUCAUAGACAAAAAAAAUCUCCCUGUUGGUGAGGGGUUUGGUCGGGAGCUUAUCCGCACUAUUACGCGAUCUAAGAUCUCGAUCCCGAUUAUAUCGGAGAACUAUAUGUUCUGCAAAUGGUGCCUUCGGGAGUUGGUUCAUAUGUUGAAGUGCAGGAGAAACAGAGGGCAAAAAAUUGUGCCCAUAUUUUACAAAGUGAAACCCUCGCAGGUGCGUUAUCUUAAAGGGAGAUUGAGAGAUGCAUUCAUUGCACGUAAUGAGAGCGUGGAUGGAAUAGAUUUCAAGGAAUGGGAAGAUGCGCUCGAAGAAGUCAGUAAACUGGAAGCAUUCGAAUCGGAAGAAAUUGAUAAUGGGCACGAGGGAACACUGGUUGAAAUGAUUUUUCGAGAAGUUAUGCUCCAUUUAAAACGACUUUAUCAGCUAAAUGUUUCCAAACAAUUAGUGGGAAUUGAUGAUCGUGUGGAACAAAUUAUGAGAUUGAUAGAUGGUGUAUUCAAUCGUACGAGGAUAAUCGGAAUUUAUGGAAUGGGCGGCAUCGGUAAGACAACUCUUGCUAAGGUGUUAUACAACAGACUCUCCAGUAAUUUUCAGUGUCGUAGCUUCGUGGCAAAUAUUCGAGAAACAUCUCAGCGCAAGGGUAUUUACUACGUACAAAAUCAACUCAUUUCUGCCUUGAUAGAAAAUUUCGGUGGUGUGGCUAAUGUUGAUGAGGGAAUUGGUCUCAUCAAUCUCUAGUUAAAAAUAAGAGUGUCCUCAUUCUUUUUGAUGAUAUGGAUGAUGAUACACACUUGAAUGCUUUGGUCGAAGAUGGUAGUUGGUAUUCAUCAGGAAGUGUAAUCAUCAUCACAACUAGAAACAAGAAUAUUCUUGACAAGAUUGAGGCAAGCAUCAUGUAUCAAGUCGACCAGUUGCCUUAAGAUGUAUCAUUGAUUUUAUUUAGCAGACAUGCAUUUCGAAAGGAUUCUCCUCCGAGUGA